CGAUCAGCUCUUCUCGAAAACAUGUCGCCCAUGAAGCUGUGUGUUCCAGGUGACAAACUAUGCAGUGUAGAAGACUGUAUUCCCGGCACAGGAGUAUAUAUGCGACACGGCUACAUAUACUCCUCACUAGCAGGCUAUGUGCUCAGGAAAAACGAGGGAGAGGAGUUACCAGUGAUCUCAGUUGUGAGAGAAACGGAAACACAACUACUACCAGAUGUAGGAGCAAUAGUCACCUGUAAGGUGACAAGCAUCAACCCCAGGUUCGCCAAAGUCCACAUCCUUUACGUAGGCUCCACACCGCUGAAGGACCGCUUCAGAGGAACGAUCAGAAAAGAAGAUGUGCGCGCAACAGAGAAAGACAAGGUGGAGACGUACAAAAGCUUUAGACCCGGUGACAUCGUCUUGGCAAAAGUUAUUUCUCUCGGCGAUGUUCAGUCUAACUACCUGUUGACAACAGCAGAGAAUGAACUGGGAGUCGUGGUGGCGCACAGUGAAGCAGGUGCCCAGAUGGUUCCCAUCAGCUGGUGUGAGAUGCAGUGCCCGCGAACACACUCCAAAGAGUUCCGCAAAGUGGCACGAGUGCAACCUGAGUAUCUACAAGCAUGAGAGCCCUGAAACUUCUUUCUACCACAAGGAACACACAACUUCCCCCUCCCCCCCUUUCUUCAGUUGCUGUCGUCAGGUAGCCUCCCAGCUCUGAGAGACUGGGCGACAUGCGAUUCAUCGGCUACUUUUGAUUUCAUGUCUGUCUAUUCUUCUUUUUUGGGCGUUUAAUGCCUUUAUUUGAUGGAGACAGGAGAUGUGGCUAAAGAGAGUAGGGUUAUGACAUGCAGCAAGUGGUCUGGCCAGCCAGAAAACAAACCGGGGAGUCGCCGCUGGUGCUACGCGCCCACUCAGUUGUCAGGUCGCUACUGGUUUAAUGCCCGAAAUUACUUUUGUAACUGCUGUCCUUCUGCACAUUGUGACAUCCUUUUUGUAUUGAGAACCCUGAAGAGACCAAACUGCAUAAAAUGCCAGAACACAUUCUAAAUGAUGUAAUGCCAGCAAUGUGGAUAUUCCAAGUUGCCUUUAAAUUUUCUGAUUAGAACUGUAUCAGUUCACUCAGGAUGUUCCACUGAAGCUGACAAACUGUGUCACAAAGCAAAAAAACAUGAAGGCUUCUUUCACAGAUGCGGGAUUUACUCAGUUUUGCUGAUAUGUGUUAUGGCGAAGUCAUAUUGGUCGCUUAAAGGAUGAAGUCUGUGUAGAGCCUUAGUCAUCCAGUUCAUGGUAAACCUAGGAGCUUUAGUAAAAAGCAACUGGACGUCUCCUUUAGGUUCUUGAAGGCAUCAUCCAUCUUCUUUAGUUCUAGUUGACUGCUGGGGACCAGCUAGAACUUUAGAACACCUUCAAGAACCUAAAAGAGAAGUCUGGUUGCUUUUCACUGAAGCUCCUAGAACUACUUGAAGGAUGAAGCAGUUGGUGCAGAUGGUUCAGACUCCAAUGUUAAGGAACACUUUGCAUUUUGUAUCCAGAGAGAUCAUUGCAACGGGCAGUAACCGAUUCGACCAGAACGGCUGCAUGGGGCAGUGCUGCACUUGUUUUGCAUGUCAUCAUAUAUGCAGCAGACCUGUUUUUUUUGUUUUGUUUUGUUUUGCUUUUAAAUACUGUGUCUAUAAAACUGACAAACGCAUUGACUUAUUGAGACAUUUUCGUGUCCUGAGGCUCAUUUUUCCUCACUCCUUACCAGCAUUUCCAGUUUUGAGUACCGUGACAGACAAAUGUUGUCCACACAGCAGUUUUAAAGGAAAAAAAUGAAUGUGACAGUCUAACGUUAAAUCAGAUUUACAACACAGCUACCAUGCACGGAAUACUGAAGUACAGCCUAUGAUAGUCAAGAUAUUUUCCAGCACAUUAUCACAACUGAACGAUUAUGAGCCAACACCAAGCAGGCAGUAAUGCUUAUGUUGUUUUGAAGUGUACUCUGACUUUUCUUAUUCCUUCUUCACUUUCAAGCAGAUGUGCAAGAAUGAAAUAAAGUGACUAUCAAAAACA